UCCUGCCUUCGCUCAGCCCCCGGUGGGCUGGUCCGCGACCCCGGCCUGCCCCACCCCCACGAGCGCGCGCCGCGCCCAUCCCUCCGCCCCCGCUCCUCCCUCUCCGGGUCCCGCCCAGCGCGCUGGCGGCCCGGGUCCCCGGAGCUGGGAGCCGAGUGGGGGCGAGGAAGGCGACACGGCAAGCGGCUUGGCGGCGUGCGGGGCGCGGCGGGCAUGGACGCCGAGUACCCUGCCUUCGAGCCCCCGCUCUGCAGCGAGCUCAAGCGCCUGUGCCGCCGGCUGCAGGAGGCGUACCGCGAGCUGAGGGAGGACCUCGCGCCGAGCAGAGAUGACCGCUACUACAGGCUGGCGCCCAUGAGGCUCUACACGCUCUCCAAGCGCCACUUUGUCCUCGUGUUUGUGGUCUUCUUCAUCUGUUUUGGUCUGACCGUCUUCGUUGGGAUCAGAGGACCCAAAGUCAUCCAGACUUCUGCAGCUAAUUUUUCACUAAAUAAUAGCAAAAAGCUUAAGCCAAUCCAAAUACGUUCAAAUCCACUGUCCACGUAUAAUCAGCAAUUAUGGCUGACAUGUGUCGUCGAGUUGGAUCAGUCAAAAGAAACUUCUAUUCAGACAAGCUUUCCCAUGACUGUUAAAGUCAAUGGUGUGGCUCAAGAUGGAACCAUGAUGUACAUUCAUAACAAGAUUCACAAUCGGACGAGGACUCUCACGUGUGCGGGGAAAUGUGCAGAAAUCAUUGUGGCUCACCUUGGCUACCUGAAUUACACUCAGUACACAGUAACUGUGGGAUUUGAGCACCUGAGUCUCUCCAUCAAGGAGAUGAACUUCACAUGGAAGACAUACAACCCGGCGUUUUCCCAGUUGGAAAUUUGGUUCCGCUUUGUCUUUGUGGUGCUCACCUUCAUCGUCACUUGCCUGUUUGCACAUUCCCUGCGCAAGUUCUCCAUGAGAGACUGGGGCAUCGAGCAGAAGUGGAUGUCUGUCCUCCUGCCACUGCUGCUGCUGUACAACGACCCGUUCUUCCCCCUCUCCUUCCUGGUGAACAGCUGGUUCCCAGGGAUGCUGGACGAUCUCUUCCAGUCGGUGUUCCUGUGUGCCUUGCUGCUCUUCUGGCUGUGUGUGUACCAUGGGAUACGGGUCCAGGGAGAAAGAAAAUGUUUAACUUUCUAUUUGCCUAAAUUCUUCAUUGUUGGACUCUUGUGGCUGGCUUCUGUUACUCUAGGAAUAUGGCAAACAGUUAAUGAAUUACAUGACCCAAUGUACCAGUAUCGAGUGGACACUGGAAAUUUUCAGGGAAUGAAGAUUUUCUUCAUGGUGGUGGCAGCUGUGUACAUCCUGUACCUCUUGUUCUUGAUAGUGCGUGCAUGCUCCGAACUCCGCAACAUGCCUUACGUGGAUCUCAGGUUAAAAUUUUUGACAACAUUGACCUUUGUAGUGCUGGUUAUUAGCAUCGUCAUCCUUUAUUUAAGGUUUGGAGCACAAGUAUUGCAGGACAACUUCGUAGCAGAGCUAUCAACUCAUUACCAGAAUUCAGCGGAAUUCUUAUCCUUCUAUGGCCUGUUGAACUUCUAUCUGUACACUUUGGCCUUUGUAUAUUCUCCGUCGAAGAAUGCUCUAUAUGAGUCCCAGUUGAAAGACAAUCCUGCAUUUUCCAUGCUCAAUGACUCCGACGACGAUGUGAUUUAUGGGAGUGACUAUGAAGAAAUGCCGCUGCAGAAUGGCCAGGCUCUUCGGGCCAAGUACAAGGAGGAGUCAGACAGCGACUGAGCUGCAGGCUGUGGGCAGGACCCGGGGUCAGGCCCCUUCUCUUAGGGCCUCUGCCCUGGCCUUCCUCUCUACCCGCUGACGUUCAGACUUUUCUCACAGGCAAACCUUUCCUGCUCCUUAUUUGUUUACAUAUUUUUAAAAGAAAACCAAACCUGAAGGCAAACCUAAAUGUUCGGCCAUUUGUUGUCAAGAUGGCUCUGUCUGUUUGGGAAGAGGGGAUGAUAAAAAAUUAAAAAGCCAAAUCCUUUUAUGAAGAUUUCAGAUGAGACAGUGUUUUCAGUGGCAAGAAAAAAAUGUUAGUAGACAGAUUUAUGUAUUUUCUUUUCUUUUUUUAAAUGGUUUACUAAUUCCCGACUCACGAACGGCAGUGCUCCACCAUGGCAGUGUUACCCUCCCCUCUUCCUGCCGUCCCUCGCUUCCCCACGGUACUGCUUUGUAUUUUGUUUUUAACAUUUUACAUCAGAGAGAAGCCUGUUGCUGUUGCUGCCUCCGGGCAGUCCUUGCCUGCCAGUGCUCAGGGCCCGGGAUGCCCGGGCACCUGGAAAGACGACAUUGACUGCGUCUGGUGAGCCAUGUAAAGUGUCGGAAUGGCAAGCGGCCAGGCUGCGGCCCAGCACCACCUGUGAGGCAGAAGUGACGGUACCAUGGUGAUCCGAGCAGGGUUAGAGAAACUGAGCAGGGCGCGGCUGAGACAAUGCACAGCGACCAGCUCUGUGGGCAAGGUCUCGUGCGUGGUGCUUCCCAAGGCUCUCUGUGCACGUGUGUGCCCGCACGCGGGCAGGAGCGCGUUUCCUGUGGCUGACGAGGCAGUAGUGGUGGGUAGAGGUGGAUUCCCAUUCCAGUAAAUAGUAAUCUCUCCAAUUCUGUUGAACACAAACCCCAUAGAGCUUUUUUUUUUUAAAUAAAGGCUACAAGAAUGAUUAAUAUUACAGAUUCUUUAUUACCUAAAAGGUUUUCAGUUUUCAUAUUUAGAAACUAGGGGAAAAGAAUGUAAAACAUUUUAAGUGGCUGUGUAGAGGUAACUUGUCUGGAAGUCAUUUCCUGUCAUCGGUGAGUCCUGCAGGGAUCAGGUGAGUAGAUGUGUUGCUCAGAGGCAGAGAGAUGUCUCUGAUGCUGGUGAAAGUCUGGCAUCGGAGAAAGGCCUGAGACUGCAGCUCCUUGCUGUCAGACUCUGGAUAGUUUCCUGCACUCCUCCCUGGCCGUGCACAAUGAUGUCUGUGUUAACACAGUGUAACUGUAGUCAUCCUGCCUGCUGCCGUCUCAGUGAACGCAGAGGCCUGGGACCUUGAGCUCUUCAGGGACCAACUCUAUUCCCUCCAUCUAUGCACCAACUCAGAAUUCCACUCCAAGCUGCAGGUUAGUCCACUAGGUGGUGCCCAGACCCUAGAAAUGCUUGGAAGAGACCAUUCAUUAUGACUUCUUGUGCUUUUAUGUUUUAUUUUUUGGUACCGGGAAUCGAACUCACGACCUUGCACUUGCUGUGGCGCUGUGCCGCUGAGCUAUAUCCCCGGCCUGACUUCUUGUGUUUUUAAUGAUGAUAUACUUAAAUGUUGACUCCAUUUAUAUUUGUUUUAAAAACCUUGUAAAUAUGAAUGUUUGAGAACUGUAGAAUCGCAAGGGUAAUUGAAGUUUACAUGAUUUUUACAUUUGCAAUGCUGUGAUGACUUUUUGAUUCUGUGUACUCAGAGGUAUUGAAAAAAAUGUUUCUGUUACCAAAUUUUUACAACUUCUAAUAAGACUACUUCCCUUGUAAAUAAUUUUACGUGUACUGAGGAAGACUGACCCGUGCUGAUUAACAUAUUCUAUUUAUGUGGUGUAGUUGAGAUGCUUUAAUCAUUAUAAAAGAACUGUCACUGAUUUGAAAUGCUGUUGUUUUAUCAGUAAAUGUAAAGAUAUUUGAGGCAUUUAGCCAGAUCACAGAACUUUUUAAACAUUGUUUUAUAGUUAAUUAUAAACUUAAGACUAGUAUCCUCAUACUUUGAUUUUUAAAAAACAUCAGUGCUGUAAAAGAUGAGAGUAUUUUUGUUGGAACAAGAAAAAUCUACAAAGGAAGCAUGUAAAGAUAAUUAUUAAACCAUUUGUUUCCAAUUUCUCAUCUAUGAUGCAUCAUGUAAUUGUAUACUCUGUGUAAAAGAUUGCUUACAAAGCAUUUAGCAUGUGGAAUAUAUCCCAUAAGCAUAAGUUAAAAACACUGAAGUCUGCCAGAAACUUUUGAUAGUAAGGGGAAAAUUGUUUUGUUUGAAGGUAUUAUAGUUUUGCAAAUUUAAAUUAUAAAUUCAAAGGCCUGACUUGAGUUCUUUCAUGGUAAUGGCUUAAAUAGCAUUAUCUUUGGGAUUCUUUUAUAUUGGCCCAGUCUAGGGGAACCUGGACAAUGAACAGAGCAAUUUCAUAGUUUCCCUAGGGAGAGCUUCAUUAUCCACACGGAUAAUAGGUCUGCUUGAUUUAUUAUUAAAUCAUUAUAGUGGGAGGUGGUGGGGUUUUCUCUCAAGCCCCAUUUGAAAGGGUACAGAAGAGGAUAGAUACAAUAUAUUUAAGUCUUGUACGGUGGUCGUUGUAUACAACUGCAAUAAGUAAGCCCACCCACUGGAUAAGUUACGGACAUGUCACCAGCCUUACUAUUUUAUGAACUACUUAUUGAAGGCACAGUUAUGAUAAAUAGAUUAUAAUAUGGCCAGUAACAUUUCCUGAAUCCUUUCACGGAGAAACAUGGGCAUCCAUGAAAGGGAUCAUUAAAACAGACUUCUCUAUGAACAUUUAGUAAAGACUAGAUUUAAGACACUCAAGUGUAUUUGUGUACUUUGAAGGUUUUAGAAACCAAUUGCCUUAGAAGUUUGAUUGGGUGAGGGGGUCUUUUCCCAAGGCCAAAGGACGUUGCUGUAGUCUGUGACAACUUGUUGAGCAAUUUUAUCUUGAUGUUUUGGAUCUACUGGUAAGUGUAAUAACUUACUAUGAAAAAGGAUUUUCUUCUAUUAAAAACUGCCUUUUUACAAAAAGACUAAAUAUUUGUAAAAAAACAAAAAAAAAAACACGUAAAGCUGAGAAGGGAAGAGAACUGUGUACCCGGUUUUGGAACUGUCAGUGGAGCAUAGUGCCACCCAGUUGGAGUGGUUGUAAACAAUCACACAAAAGCCAAUAAAGUUUAUUUAUGACAAA